UCGUAAUAUUAUUUCGUUACUUAUUAUUAUCUUUCAAGCUACUUGGUUUUAUAGCUUCAAAAGACUGGUAAAAACAAAUGACAUCGAAUAAAUGGAGUUUUUUUCGUGGUGUCACUUAUUUAUUUCGUAUAACCAAUGGUGAUGAUGAAUGGAGUUAUGAUGAAGAACCACAUGUAUCAAGACGAAAAGAGAUUUUAUCAAAAUAUCCAGAAAUUAAACAAUUAAUGGGACCAGAUAUUAAAUUAGUUUAUUUUACUGUAUUAGAAGUUUUCCUACAAUUCCUCGUAGCUUAUUUUAUAUCCAUUUAUCAACCAUCAUGGUUUAUAUGGUUAUUCUUAACUUAUACAAUUAGUGGUACUAUUAAUCAUUCACUUGGUUGUGCUAUACAUGAAAUUGGUCAUAAUUUAGUAUUUGGACAUAAAUAUGGUAAAGCAAAUCGUUUAUAUUCAAUAUUUAUUAAUUUACCAAUGGGAUUACCAAUUGCUAUAUCUUAUAAAAAAUAUCAUCAAACACAUCAUAGAUGGUUAGGACAUGAAGAAGGUGAUGCUGAUAUGCCAUUAAAUUUUGAAGUGAAAUUAUUUACUCAUCCAAUUAGUCGAUUAAUAUGGUUAAUUAUUCAUCCAUUAUUUUAUGCAUUUCGUCCAUUUAUUAAACAUCCAUUACCAUUAACAUUAUGGGAAAUAAUUAAUUUUUUCAUACAAAUACUAUUCGAUGUCAUAAUAUGGUAUUAUUUUGGUUUAUGGACAUUAAAUUAUUUUAUUAUUGGUACAUUCUUAGGUUUAGGUUUACAUCCAUUAUCUGGACAUUUUAUUAGUGAACAUUAUUUAUUUACUGAUAGACAAGCAACUCAUUCAUAUUAUGGUAUUGGAAAUUAUCUUAUGUUUAAUUUAGGUUAUCAUGUGGAACAUCAUGAUUUUCCGUAUAUUGCUUAUACAAAUUUACCAAAAUUAAAACAAAUUGCUAGUGAAUAUUAUGAUCAUUUACCAUAUCAUACAUCAUUGUGUAAAGUUUUAUGGGAUUUUGUAUUUGCACCAAAUCAUGGUCCACAAGCUCAUUGUGUUACAUCACAAGAUUUAUCAAAACCAGAAAUUUAUAAUCAUCAAAAUUUGUCAAAUAAUCCAUUGAAAUGUAGUGAAAAAGAUUGGAAAUAUCAUAAAUUAAACAAAAUAAAAAGCAGUAAAUGA